UUUACAUCGCAGAUUUAUCGUUUAAAAAUGAUACAAUUAUCGGACAAUCGACACAAUUCAGUCAAUAGAAUCUAUCUAAUAUUGAUACAUUACUACAAAUUAUUACUACAAAUACAUUCUGUGUUAUUUGAGUUUACUGCUAAAAUGUAAAAGUAAAAAUAAAAUGUACACAUCAUCUAAUCUAAAUUUAUACACUCCAAAUUAAAACGUGGCUCACAAGAGGUUAAUAAACUUUUCCUUUCUUCCUAAUAAAGACUAAUAAAGCUAAUAAAAGACACACAGUACUAUUUACAUUCACUACCGCUUACACUAAUCAUCGAUAACAGGGAAUGCAUGAUAAAUGCAAGCAAUACGCGUGUGUAUGCUUCGCGACGUACGUGUACACAUAUAGGUAGGUUAGUUCUUCUCGAUUCUGUAGAUGGCGCUGGACGGCGCGCUAAAUUCUCAGCUUUUUAUACGGGCGCUUGCGUACCGCGCGCCAGUCGCGAUCGGUCCUCGCGUCGGGUGGCGUCGGUGGUUUGCUUCGCGUCCGGCGCGUUUCUAAUAUUUUGGCUCGAACUCGAUUGUCACAACUGACAGCUCGCGCGAUAAACUCGUGCGUCCACCAUACGAACGCCAGUGACAAAUUCAGCGAUGGGCACACGCGGCCGUUCCAGUGACGUCGCCCCGCGGGAUUCGUGGCGCGCUGGCGCUACGGCGUCGCGGGAGUAACGGGUUGCACAGUUUUCCCCUCCCCGUCCCGGGUUGCAUUGUCGCGAGCGAUAAAACAUCGAUCGAUCGAUCCGGUCGCAGCGUCCGCCUCGCGCCCCGGGCUUCGAUCGUGGAUCGCGCACGGCGAAAUGAAUCGGUUCUCGCGACUGCGAGAGCGCGCGCGCGACUGUUGACAUCCCGCGGGGUCGCGGCGGGUUAUUCCCGACCGCAUUGUAGCGUUCGGCUGGUCGCGUGUUCGCGUCGCGCCGCGCAGCGUGCCCCCGUAGAGCGCAAAACGAACCCUCGACCCGCUGUCAUCGUCGACGUAGUCAUUGUACGAGCGACGUAGUGCGCGCAUCGAUCAUCGGCAGCUGCCGCUGCAAGGGUCGCGGUCGAAACCCGUUCGAGAGACGCCGUGACGAGGCGUUUACGCGCGAGGCGAAGAGCAAGAAGUCCGCGAUCGCUCCUGCGACCCCCGGCCGACGGUCGCCGCUGCCCGCCCGUCGUCGUUCCGUUGCAUUUGGCGGCGCCGCGUUUAUCGACGACCGUGUGUCCGCGACGGCCCGGACGUAACCCGGGGAAUGGAUAUUCCGCCGCCACUGCCGUCGCCGUUGCCGCCGCCGUUCUCGUCCUGCCUGCCGAGCAAUGGCAGACGCGCCGCGGGAUCGGCCGCAUCGCCGGCGGUCGUCGACGAGCGACGCGCGACGCGAAGUCGGCUGCGAGUGAACGAGUGAUCCCGACGACCCUUCGAUACAUCGCAUCGCGCGAGCGUGCGUGCGCGCGGGUGUCGGAUAUAUUCGCCAAGUGUGUUUCCGUGUGCGUCCAACCGGAAGAGGAGGAACGAAAGGAGGCACGUCCGUCGAGAAAGGGAGAAUCCACCGUCGGCGAGGAUCGUCGUCGUCGCCGUCGGAGCGGCCAGUACGGGCCGAUGACACGCGAGUGCUGAUCGGUGGCCCGGGUGCCCCAAUCUCUCCUCCCGCCCUCCUCCUUCCCCUGCCUCGCGUACCCGCCACCCCCCGCCGUUUCGGCUGGCGUGCGUGCGUGCGCGCGGGGUUCUGCACGACGACGCGUUCACGGUGAAGUGAGACAGAGCGCAACUGCACGGACGGGACGGGGCAGCCCCUCGGAUAUAUUAAUGAAGAUGUGCCGCGGCGGCGGAUUCAUCGAUCGCUUGCUCCUGCUGGCUGCGUUGGGAAUCACCGUUCAAGGACAGCUGAAAAGUCCGCGGAUAACCGAGCACCCGUCGGACAUAAUAGUCGCGAAAAAUGAGCCGGUGACGUUGAACUGCAAGGCAGAGGGUAAGCCCGAACCGGUGAUCGAGUGGUACAAGGACGGCGAGCUUGUGCAGACGUCGCCGGGCGACGCCAAGUCGCAUCGGGUCCUGCUACCCACGGGAUCCCUGUUCUUCCUGCGGGUGAUGCACGGCAAGAAGGAGCAAGACGGCGGUGUGUAUUGGUGCGUCGCGAAGAAUCAAGCUGGAUCCGUCCCGAGCAGAAAUGCCACUCUCACAGUCGCAGUGCUGCGGGAUGAGUUUCGCGCGGAGCCGCAGAACACGAGGGUUGCCGCCGGAGAGACGGCUUUGCUCGAGUGCGGACCGCCUCGCGGCCAUCCGGAACCGACUCUCCAUUGGAAGAGGAACGGUCACAUAAUAGACCUGGAAGCGACAAAACGGAUAACCCUCGUGGACGGGGGCAACCUAAUGAUAUCUGACGUGAGGCCGGCCGACCAGGGCAAGUACCAGUGCAUCGCCGAGAACAUGGUCGGCUCCAAGGAAUCCGCGGUAGCGACUCUCACGGUUCAUGUGAAGCCGUUCUUCCUGGCCGUGCCGUCGAACCAGACGAUCCUUACGGAUCAGACGGCGGAGUUCGCCUGCAGGGUGGGCGGUGAUCCGCCUCCGGAGAUUCUAUGGCGGCGAAACGACGGGAAGAUGCCGAUAGGCCGGGCGCACAUCCUGGACGACAAAAGUUUACGCAUCGAGCGGGUGAACCCCCAGGAUCAAGGGACGUACAUCUGCGAGGCGGAGAACGGCGUGGGCGCGAUAUCAGCGAGUGCCACUCUUACCGUGCACUCGAGACCGGUAUUCACCAACUUCCCCAAAGAUGAGACUGUAAACACCGGUACCGACGUUACCUUCUCGUGCGCGGCGCGUGGUGCGCCGAAACCGUCGAUAUUUUGGACCCGGGAGGGUUCUCAGGAGCUAAUGUUUCCCGGCAACACGUAUCAAAGCCACUACACCGUCACGGAAGACGGAAGUCUAAGUAUCAAGGGCGCCGUCAGGAAAGACGAGGGCCACUACGUGUGCAGCGCCAUUAGUCAGGCCGGCGCCAGCACCGCGACCGUAUUUCUUCAGGUGACGUCCAUCGAGGAGACACCACCGCCCAUAAUCGAGCUGGGUCCGGCGAAUCAGACCUUGCCGCUGAAGAGCGUCGCCUCGUUGCCGUGCCGUGCGGUCGGUACACCCACGCCACGGGUUCACUGGCACAAGGAGGGCGUGCUUGUACGACCGGGCGGCCGUAUCACGAUGGCCAUCAACGGUACGCUGUUUAUCGACGACCUGCACACCAACGAUUCUGGGUUGUACACCUGCAUCGCCUCGUCCGAGUCCGGCAACACGUCCUGGUCGGCGUACCUGACGGUCAGCACCGGCGCUAGCUUCCACAGGACGCCCGACGUGUCGGCACUGCCGCAGAACCCGAGCAAGCCGCGGAUAGUGAACGCCACCAGCAACUCGGUCACCCUGACGUGGAGCCCGGGCCACGAGGGCCAAAGCAAGAUCAUUGGCUACAACGUCGAGUACUACAGCAGUAAUCUGAACACCGGCUGGGUGGUGGCGGCCACGGCUGUCCUCGACGAUAUCUACACCGUGACAGAUUUGAGGCCAGAGACCAAUUACGUUUUCCUCGUACGGGCGGAAAAUAGCCACGGGCUCUCGCUGCCCGGACCGCUGUCGGACGUGGUGCAAACUACUAACGUAAAUCAGCACACGGUACCGCAAGUGGAACUGACUCGUGCCAGAGAUCGGCUCAACAGUGAAAUUUUACAUCUCAAAGAGGUGCAGCCGUUAAGCAGUACCAGCGUGAAGAUCAUGUGGGACAUUCUCGGCGCGGCGGAUCUGGUGGAGGGUCUUUAUAUACGAUAUCGUGAGGACUCGGAGAAACCGGAAUAUCAGAUGGUCACGGUACUGAAUGCCGGCGCCACCAGUUACGUGCUAACCAACCUGAAGAAGUACACGCGCUACGAAUUCUUCCUGGUACCCUUCUACAAGAUAAUCGAGGGCCGGCCGAGCAAUGUGAAGCUGGUCACUACCCUAGAGGACGCACCAUCGGGCGCCCCCGAGAAUGUUCACGUAGGGAUGAUAAAUGUGACCUCAGCGUUCGUUCGGUGGUCACCACCACCGAAGAAUACGCAGAAUGGUCAACUGAUCGGUUACAAGAUUCAAAUCAAAAGCAACAGCAGUAACAAGAUCUUGGGUCAGAUGUCCCUCAACGCGUCCACCACAUCAGUGAUCAUCAACAGCCUGACUACCGGCGGUCUCUAUACGGCGCGUGUAGCCGGGUUGACUCGCGUUGGUCUCGGCCCUUUCUCCAGUCCGACGUUGCUGAACAUGGAUCCGGGCCAGUUAACACAAUUGCCGCCGCGGAGCAUGGAUCCCAGUCACGGGGCCGCGUCCGUAGUUCGCGAGACGUGGUUCCUUGUGAUGAUAAUCACGAUGAUAUUCGCAGUUAUCAUCGCGCUGCUGACUGCCCUUUACGUCAGACGCCGGCAGGCGAUGAGCAAGCAACUGGGUCAUCUAAACGUACCCGUAGGCACCGCGAACGACAUUUGUCAAUUAAACAAAGACACCCUUUGGCUGGAACGCGGUUGGCGGCCAACGAAUACCUUGCAAGGCGCCACCGAUAAAGAUUGUGAGACUAAGUUACUUAACAAUCAACACAUGCUCGCGGCUGGUAUAAUGAGCAUGGCCGGCUCAGAGUAUGCCGAGGUGAAUCUUACAACGUUCUACAACACGCGCAAGCAAAUGCAAGCGCCGCCACCAGAACCGUACGCGACCACGACUUUGUGCGUAGGCAGUCGCAACUCGGACUCCAUCGAGACCAGCUGCCAAAAAUCGAGUUCCGGCGACUCGUGUUUAAAGCCAGACUACUCGAGUCUCGACUCGAAUCAGGAGCCGAACAAGUCCACGGUGUCGCCGUGCAGCGACAACACGAGCGGCGGCGACGCCUACACGGACGAGAACCUGGACGUGCAAAGAAGACAGUACAGAAUAGCGGGCCCCGCGGCGAGUGAUGCACCGCCGCAAACCGGUUCGAUCCCCAACUGGUGCGACAUGUUGCCACCACCGCCCGAGCACCCGCCCCCGCUCGGCAUCGCACCGAUGACCGCUGCUGGCCGGAUGCAUCAGCAACAACAGCAGCAGCAUCAAUUGCAACACCCACAAGUGCAACAGCAGCAGCAAGUGCCGUUCAGUCCGCAUCUCGGCAAGAGAAGCGUUCAGAACGACCUGGAUCACUGCGGCGGCUCCGGCGCUGGUUCGGCGAACUCGCAGAGUCCGCCCACUCCGCCCAUCCGAGUGAACAACAGCUUCAGUCCGUCGCCGACGCCGUGGAGCGGCGGCGGACAGAGCCAGCAGCCUGAGUCGGGCGCUCUUCAGAUAUUGCCCGGCAACCUUCAAGUACCACAGGGCAGAUACACCACGCUACCGCCUCAGACCAAUCCACCGCCGCUACCCACGUUCCCGCAGGGUUUCGACCAUUACGAUUACCGGAACCAGGAGAAUGAGUACGAGAGUGGAUCCGUCAUCUACGGCCAUCACCAAAACGGUUUGGCGGACGAUUACGGUGCACGUGAACCCGCGUUUACGCGCGCCGGUCAGCAAUCGCAUCUAAACCACCCAUCGGCCAUGAGUGAGGAGCUCUAUCGGCACAAGGACGAGAUGUACCACAGCGACAAUCUAUAUCAGCCCGAGAACGAAGAGUGGGAUAGGAAGUCGUGCGAUUCUAAUACGCACUCGGACGCGUGCUGCUCGUGCUCGGAAUCGAGCUGUCUGUACGCCGACACGAUGCAGUACAACGCGCAGCAGUACGGCACCGCGUGCGGCCACAGUGGCAGCAGCAGCAGGACGGGUUCCCGCAGCAGGAGCAACAGGAGCCCGCGACGAAGAAACAGGACGUCCUCGCCCACGUACAGCAGCGACAGCAAUUACUCGUGUAUCCCCCAGAGGCAAUGCGGCAGCACGAAUUCGCAGGAAAGGCUCAGGCAUAAUCGUAGCAAAGACAAGUUGCCUAGCUUCGCGAGGACAGCCGGCUACAGCCAGCACAACUCCUCGGCCUCGAACACGAUGAGCAGUACGGGCAGUCAGCGAUACAAUAAGCUAAAUAGUAUCUUCAUAAGUGGCAAUAAUCCGAAUGCUCUGACGGAGUCUAGUCGGCUGGGUGACCACCGUGAGAGCUAAAUCCUGCCUGGACGUAGUAAGUACAGGACGUGCCUGAACGAACGGCCUUCGAUCACAACGAACGAUCAUACGUCUCGACUGCAAGGAGGCCGUGUCACGGUCAGCGGCGUCGCGGACGCUCAAGUCGAGUACGGCUCGACCGAGCGCGCCUUAUGUAUAGUUAACGGCCCGCAGGCUGAUUACUCCGAUCUUGAAUCGUUAAUCACGUACAGGCUUUGAAAGAACAAAUGCGUAACGACGCGGAGCGAACGUCGUGCUUUCAUUUCUUUUUUUUACGUAGCACAUUACGUAAUAUUGUUAGGAUUUCAAUGGUUUUCGCGAGAUUAAUAAGUAUUUCAUAAUCGUGAGUGCUUGCGUUUAGCCGAUUUAGCGGCGUGAUAGCUCAAGCUCGUCGAGUAUUCUCGUGUUCCACGGCGCAAUAAUGGUCUUUUAUCGCGGAACAAGCGCAAUUUCGACACUCGAGACUUGGACACGCAAGGACGAACUUCGUGAUCAAUGUCCACAGCGUUUUAAAUGCUACGUCGUAUGGAUGGACCCCGUUACGUUACACGCGACGCUCUCGAUCGAUUUUGUACUCGGUACACGGACAAGGGCUUUCAAAAAGAAAACAAAAAGUAUUAUCUUCUUUUGAACAGAUUCUUCUUACCAAAUAGACUGAUUAAAGUAUCAUCGGACCUUAUUAAUUUACUUCUUGACUUUAUAUCACAUUGUAAAAAACUGAAAGCGAUUCCGGCUUUCGAGGACUAUUAUUAUUAGAGAAAGGGAGAAGAGGAUAAUUGUUCUCUGAUUGCAAAUUGCGGUUUGCGCCACGUUCCUCUAGCGAAUAUUUAACCCCUGAGCAGCCGCACGGGCCGCCAGUAUUCCAGUUGGCAUUUUUUAAAGUUUGUUAUAUCCUCAACUGCCAUAUAUACUGCCAUUCUCGAUGACAUGCUACACGCUAUCUCAAGUUAGAAAAAGGUACUGUUAGUCUGAUUAAGUUAUUUCUUAAAUGACAACUUGAAAAGUCGUGUUUCAGCUUGAGUGCCAGCGAGUUACAAAAGGUCGCGCAACCGCUCUGGGAUUACUGUCCAAGCAUGAAUGUCCCCUACGUGUAUGACAUUUCAGAGGUUUUUUCACGCGGUAAUAGCACAAACAGAGAGGAGAAUAACGGUCCCGCAAGUAACGGGCAGAUUCAAUCGAGCGCGAAUGAAGGGUUCAAGUCGCAUAAGACACAUGCAAAUUAAUCAAACACAGCUCGUCAGUGGAUUACCGAUUAUUCUAUCUUAUUCACGAGAAAAAAAAUAUAAAAGAUAUUUCUUUCAUUAAAAACAAUAUAUAAUUUUACAAGAAGCAAUUAACAAUUUCAGAUUGUUACGAUCAUAAACAAAGUCUCGAGAUGGUUGAAAAGAAACGAUAAUCUUCAUCGUGCUACCAUAGCAAUAAAAAAAGUAUUACAUCAUAAGAGAUAAAUACAUUAUUUACGAGAACCAAAUUUUUCAGUUAAUUUACUACUAGAUCAUAUGUGUAUAAUCUGAACAUUUAAAUUUACAUUGUUCCACCCUAACAUCAUGCAUAAACUUUACUCAGUCAAUUAGCUGUGUUUGCUUAAUCCACAUAAUCCUUUCAUUACGAUAAUCUUUAUGGAAACGUUGUCACGUUCUGCGAUUAUUUUUUAUUACGAAAGCCAAACGUAAUAUUACAGCCUCCAGGAUGCGGCAAUCGUUUGUAAUCGAACCCCACGCGAUACGAGCACGUUUGAUUCUGAACUCGAUAAUACACCUCAUCUGCAUGUUAGACAGCCAACACUCAAGAUCAAACGGAUGCGUUUAACGCCAAGUGCGUAACAGGCAUCUCGGUGGCAGGUGACUGCAGUCGUCCUUAAUACGGACAAUUAGAGGCGGGUGAUUACAGCCGUGUCUCUUAGUAUACAGUGAAAGCUUAGCGGGUAGGCAAGCAUAAUUGUCGUGGCGAAAGGAUUAACGUGUCGCGCUCGACGAAACGAUUCGCGCUCGGCAUUGCAAAGCGUGGCAUUUAUUUUCGACAGCCUGUCGUCUACUCUGGGCCAUGAUAAAUGAAGCAUAUUAUUUUGGAUAAUAACGUUCCUAAAUCCUAAGGCAACUGAGGGCUAAUUUCCACAUGAAGAAGGGCGACGUAUAAUUCUUCCAAAACGAACGCACCUAGUAAUACGUUUAGCACGAAACGAAGUAACAAUAAACGCGUAUAUAAAAUAAUAUAUAUAUAUAUAAUCAUAUCACACAAACGGUCCCCCUGUGUAUAAAUUGUACAAAGUUAUUCUAACGAGAUUAGUCAUUAGUUAUUAAUUUAUACGCCGUAUCAAUUGAACUCGUAUUAUGUAAGUGGGAGACACAUAAGGUAUCUCAUAUACUUUAUAUGACACACGUACUCGACAUGAUUCAGCACGUACAAGUAAAAAUGCGUUCGCUAAAAAUGUGUACUUCGAAGUUGUAAUGUAAUAUAUCAAUAUAAAGUGCGUUAUUCUUAUACUUAUACUUGAUUUCUAUUUUAUUUAGAUAUUUUCGCCAUAUAAAUCAUUCAAGAAACUUGUAAUUAAAAAAAACAAUCUUUUAUUAUAUUAAGUUUCAAUUAUUAUUAUUGCAAGUAUUAUUAUUAUUAUUAUUAUCAUCAAAAAUGAUAUUUUAAAUAAAUGAAAGUAAACUAUGAGAAUAAAAUUUGUGAAAAUUUAAACCUCUGUAUUUUUUCCUGCAUAUUUAUCCUUUAGCUUUUUUCGCGAACGACAGUACUUUAAAUCGAAAAUACAACGAAAUACAUGUACAUUCAAAACGAUUGACUAUUGAAAGCACGUUUGCGUGGCGGUCGAAGAAAAAUUGUAUACCAUUAAAACCGUGAAAUUUUGCUCUUGUUAUCUUUUUCAGCUUUGAGGCACACAUUUUUAAUAUGAGAGAGUACGUUGCGUCUAUUCGCGGUAUUUAUGAUGUAUUUACGGAUGAUUCGAACCAGCAUUUUUUGCAUGAUUUCUAUAGACGGAUCUGGAGGAACGCUGAAAUGUUUAAGGUUCCAUCUUUCAUACAUAUAUACAUAUAUUCCAUAACUUUAUCUAAAAAAAAUUAUUUGAAUAUCUUGAAUCUGGCACAAUUUUUUUAUGCCCAUAUAAUUACUUUAAGAAGAUAAAAUUAUUACAUAAUUUUGAGACGAAUUAGAUCUGUCUAUAUUGAACUCAUAAUACAGCUGAUUACUUAUCAUCCGUUAAUCCAAAAAGCGCUAUUUUGCGCGCUCAUUUAAUCGGCAAUCCGCGAAUUUUUUUACGUGUAUACACAAACGAGACAUUUUACACGCAUUUUUAAAGAAUUCCGUCAAGAUUUGGGUUCUUAAUUACUGUACAUUAUGUGGAGGCGAGUUCAUCGACUACUCGAGCGACCACGACGACUCUCCUUCUCAUAAUAAUGCUAUCGACGAGCGAGGAUGUGCAGUUUUCCUUUUAUAUGCGAGUACGCGACUUACUCAUUAAUUACGAUUUUUAAUUAAGUAAUAAUAUAAUUAGCGUUAUUGUAAAACUCGCAUGUAACUCGUUCAAUGACGCUAGUAGUGAAUCGCUCAAAUUUGUUAUACAAUUACGAUUAGUUUGACACUUCGGUUCGCGAACCGUACAAGCUGCCUGAAAAGAGAGGAGAUUAUCCCGCGCGACAGAUUACGCAUUCAGAUAUUCAACGCAACAGACCACAGCCACAUGUAAAAAUUCCCGUAAAAAAAUAAGAAGAAAGAAGUUUUCACGCAGAAAUUGCGAAUCUCGGAGGUGGUCGGGGAAUAAGAGAGGCGAAGAGGGAAAGGAAAGACGUAAUUAACUAGCACAGAGAUAUUGAAUUAAAUUUGUUAACUCAGAGAGUUGAACUUAAGGUCUAUCUAGUGAUACAUGACUGUAGCGAUGUAAGUCCCGGUGCGUAUGAGUCUACUCGCGCGACGACGCGCGGCGUCGCGUGCGAGCACAUAGAUUCAUAUUCAAUAUGAAAAGUCCAUCCAAGCAGGCGAGGGAAUAAGUAACGAUUAGGCAGAGGAUAUCGUCUCGAUAUACUUUUAGGCUAAAAAAAAGAAAGAAACGAGUGUCGUCAGAGGUAGACGCGCGAGACUAUUGCUAGAAAGAAGCAUCUCAUUAAACGUAAUUAGGUAGGACGCGUAUCUCUUAAGUAUCCGUCGUCACCACACACGUACCAGUGUGCGUCCGAUGCGAGUUCGCGCGAUCGUGCAAGAGUCGCGUCAGGUCAAGUCGGAGGGAGGAAGAACGCGAGUUCGGCAACCGAGUGCUUUCGGGGGCUGCACUCCGUCUUCCUUUCUCUCGCUUUCCGCUUGUCUGAACGGAGACGGGAGCUAUUUUCAAUAUUCUGAAUGAAAUGAAACGUGGUCGAAUGAGAUUGAUCGUCAUCGUAGCUAAGAGCCAAGACGAUCGUUUAUGUACAUGUAUGUACAUGACGUGGCCGACUGGUCUCAUCGACAGAAUUCCGAAGGAGUCGAUUUGCAUCCCGUUAGACAAGCGGAGGGACGAUGCAUCUUCCUCGAGGGAUAACCGUGUCCGUUAAGAUGCGAGUCCAUUGCGAGCGGCGAUGGUUUUCCACGUCAACGGUGAUCAGCGGUGAUUGGAAAAGCGUUUACGAGAACUGUAUCGAUUGACAAAUGCCGCUGCGAGUCGCCGCACUUGAUUCGCGAGUGGACCGCAGCUUCCAGAUUAUAUUAUAGAUGCGCGGACUCAGAUCGGCGGGAGCGCGAUGCAAUUGCAUCAUCGAGAAAGGGUAUUACAUGCACGUACAGGGGUAUAUAUGCAUAUACACGCAUACAUGUAUGUAUAUAUGUAUAUAUAUCUUCGGGAAGUUAUAUAUACAGAAUCGUGACCCUUUCGGGAAGCACCGUAUCUCCAUUCCUAAAUGAUCGUGAUUCAGCCAACGGACAUGCUGCCAAACCAUCGUAUCAAUGCGCGAAGGAACGAAAAAGAUAACGUAUUAUUUUUAUAAUUUGUCAUCUUUGUAUUAUUGUUACGAUGGUUGAGAGAGAAAGGACUUGUAUAAAGUACGUAGCGUUUAACUCGGCGAAGAGUUUUGCAGAUACGAGACUCGCGUUGAACCGACAACCGACACGAGCGCACGACUGACACACACAUACACGUACACGCUCUCAUACAUGUAAUGUAUUCAUACAUAUGCGUGACAAGUCCGUCGCGCGAAUCAGACGGACUUGCGAAUACGCAUAUAACGUUUCUCGAUCGAUCCAACGACCGACCGACGAUCCUAUUUGUCGUUAGAAACUGCCAUCACGCAGCGCGAUGGGAAAGGAAUGACCGCGGUAACGUUAAGGCGAAAUUAUGAUAAUCUACAUUUGUAGCGGUAUUGAAACAAAUUUCCUUGCUUCUGCGAAGGAAUGUUCUCCAGACUUCAAGCUUCACGUCCUAUCGAGACCACAGAAUUAAACAGAAUUGAUAGUUGCAUCAAUUGAAUCAAAUCAAUUUUUUUUCAUGAAUGCAGUCUAUGGAGUAUUCAGGAUUUAUUGAAAAAUAAAACCAGUGAUGUAUUAGAGUCGCUCAUGUUUGUCGAAAAUUGUUUAAAAGUUUUAAUUACCGCAGGAAUGUAAACAUAAUGAAACGUUGUUUUCAAGUGAGUCAACUUUUUUACCGAAAGUUUGAUAUCGACGUUUUCAACCAAUAUCUCCAAAAGAAAAACUGAUUCUCCACGACCGACCUUAUCGCAGAAUGCGCUUAAAGUAAAAUUUUGUAGCUUCUAAAUUUCAUAAAUUUUGUUAACGUCUAAUGCCCCAAACAAGAAAAUUUCAGAUAGUAUCAAUGGAUGUUGAUCAAUCGGUUCUUGCGCGGGUCUCAUCACAAUAGUGCUUGAAGUACACAGAACUUCCCUGCGCGGAAUGCGAAGUGCGAGAUUGUAAAAAGACGUAAUCCUCAGAGUGCCAGACUCACCGGCGGCAACGCUCUUCUUUUGGGAUCAUAAUAUCGUACAAUAUUUUACCUAUAAAUGACGUUCAUACACAUUUAUACUUAAAGCGUGUUUAUACGGAUAUUUAAUGUGUAUGUUUAUAAGUGUAUUUGUACAUGAAAAGUGUUCACUGCAUUUUCCGGCAGGACGAUCUAGCAAUUUCUUGGCGCGGAAAGUCUGGCAUUCGGGGGAUCAAUUAGACAGUUAGUGAGCUAGAGCUACAUAAAAAUAAUCCAUAUCAUUAAGAACACGAAAUAGCGGUUUUCAAUUGGUGGCACCGUGAGAGAGAAAAAAAAAAGAGUAGGCAUAGUGGCCGUUUUCUAUUAGCCUCUCACUGAAAUUGCAUUUUACCGGCCGCGCGCGUGUACGAAUGCGACAUGCCGCGCGCACGGUCGGAUGGAGACUUGCGUUUAGCUCAAUCUUUCCUUUUUUUAUAUUUUGUAAAUACAGCGGACGAAUAAAAAAACGUGAUGAGCAUUUUUAUAGUUAAUUUUCUAAUUUAUUCAAUGACGAAGAGAAGGAAAGAGAAGCAGUUCUCGUCUCUCUUCGUCGACCGUCGUCGCACGAGUGAAAUCGAUGAGAUUUAAGAAUAAGAUAGGGGCGUCUUACUACAGAGACACACGUCACACACAUAUACAUACACAUAGUACAUACACGCGCACGACUGUAGAUAAUUUGUAACAGUUGCUAUUGUCAAGUACCACGUACACGUAUAAAAGCGACGUAUGCUGAUAUAUAUCAUUGCAUAUUAUACUGAUAACGAUUAAUAAAAGGUAAU